CCGAGGGAACAUCGUCGCCCGUAGAGUAGUAGUUCGUGACUCGACUUCCAACGCUCGGAUUAUACAAGAAAAAUAACAAAUAACAAAAUUUUUUCAAAAAUCAAAUUCACCAGCUCUCGUAUCUCUACACGGGAUUUCGUCGUCGCAAAAAGCGCGAAUUGUUCCAAGUUACGUCGAUCGCUACCGUCGACGUUAUCGCACGUUAUCGCGGUGCUGAAGCAAAAACCAAAAAAGUUGAAACUGAAAUUUAAAAAAAAAAUAAAAUAAAAUAAUAAUUUUCAACCCCCCAACAAAAAAAAAAAGAGAUAACGAGAGUAAUGAAGAUUUGAAAGAAAAUAAUUUAAAAAACUGGAGCGAAAAAGUCGAGAAUUUUUGGAAUGAAGAUUAAAGAAAAUUUAUGAAAAGACAUAAAUCGACCGUUCACGUUACCUCGAAAUUUAAUUGAAAUUAAUUGAUAAUAAACGUUUGGACCGUAUUUUAUUAUUUCCUCAUUUCGAAAUUCGAAUCGUUUGUUUGAGGUUGAUAUUUGUUCGUUUUGGUGUAAAUUACGCAAUCAGCAAGAGUUAAUUAAUGUAACCGCAUAACAAUGAUCGUUGCACCUGACGUGUGACGUGAUAAUAAAUGCAUACGCUACGUAACAUACCUGUAUAGCCAACGGCGAGAGGCUAUGGUAUAUAAUAAUAUAAACUCCGCAACUCAACAGUUCCUUGAAAACGUUAAUUAAUUUUACUUACGUUUUCGUUUCCUAUAUAAACGUAUAUAUUUAUUAUGUACAAAAUCUAAAUACGAAGUACGUAUUACACAAACACACACACACGCACGCAUAUACACGACUAAUGAAUACACGUGAAAAUACCUAAUCAAAGGCAAGAAAAAAGCAUAUAAUAGAAGACACGAUAUAGAUUGUUAUAUUCUGUAAUAAUUAAUACUACGUACUGGUGCAGUGCAUAACUUAUACAUGUGAUAUACCGGGGCUCGUAUAAUAAGAGCGUUUGUGGAUGGAGUGUAAAAGUGAAAAGACAAAACGUCAUCACGCCGCGUAGAAUGGCAUUAUCUUAUCUCCAGGAGGCACAGAUCAACGCAGGACUUUUAACCGGUCAGCAUCUAGACAUGAAACAGGAAUCCGAAAAGCAGCCGAUGUCUCCGCCGUUGAACAACAACACAACAUCGGCCAUGUUCCCCGGAAUCGGGGCAGCGGCGGCCAGUCUCUCCAUGUUAACUCCUCAGCAACUUUUGGCGGCUAGUCAAACCGCAGCCUUUAUGGCUGCCGGGAUUCCCGUAUCCCUUCACGCCACCCUGGCGGCGAGUCCUUCGCUUUAUCGUCACCACCAGACUCUGUUCGGGGGAUGGGCACCGCCCGCGGCAUCGUCUCCUCCGUCGCCUCUCCACCAUUCCCCCGGUCCGGUGUCGCCCGCUUUGAGCGCAAAGUCCGCCGCCAGAAGGGCGAAUAACAACAACAACAACAACAACAACGUGGUCAGCAGUAGCGCUGAUCGCGUGACCAAGAAGGGACAACCCGCGAAGCGGAGGGCGCCGAGGACAAAAACGGAACAAACUCUACCUCCCGUGGACGGAAACGCGCCGCUGAGUCCGCCGACUUCGAUCAGUCCCGAAGCCGGCAAAGACGGUAGAGACAAGGUGUUCACCUGCGGGGUGUGCUCGCGAUCGUUUGGCUACAAACACGUACUCCAGAAUCACGAACGCACCCACACGGGCGAGAAACCCUUCGAAUGUCCGGAAUGUCAUAAAAGAUUCACGAGGGAUCAUCACCUGAAAACACACAUGAGGUUACACACGGGCGAGAAACCGUAUCACUGCAGUCAUUGCGAUCGUCAAUUCGUUCAGGUAGCGAACCUGCGUCGCCACCUAAGAGUUCAUACGGGCGAACGUCCUUACGCGUGCGAACUUUGUUCGGCAAAGUUCAGCGACUCCAACCAGCUGAAAGCUCACCUCCUCAUCCACAAGGGUGAAAAACCCUUCGAAUGCGAGCACUGCCAGAUGCGUUUCAGGCGGAGGCAUCACCUGAUGCAUCACAAAUGCGUGAACGGUGUCGUGAGAUCGCAGGCGCCCUCGUUGGCCAGCGACGACCUCGAGGAGGAGAUCGACAUCGACAUAGACGUCGAGAUGGAGGACCCGGAGACGUCGUCGUUAGCGCAACGAAAGUCGACGGCGACUCCCAUCCGUCGUUCCGCGCCCGCCCAUCACCAUCAGUUGCCGAGUCCCGUGGUGGUCAGUACGUCGUCCGUUCAAAUGCCCUUGAACUUGUCCGGUAUACAGAUGGAUCUUCCGGAGCAAACCGAACCCGAAGAUCUCUCGAUGUCCACCGGUCUCCACCGCCCCCAUUCGCAUUCUCACAGCAGCGGCGACUCGCCGCUCAGUCGUAGUCCCAGCAGCGAUACGCCCCACGACGAGGAGGAGGAAGAACUCGACGUGAGCGAAGCGAGUCCGAGUACCUUGUUCCUACACCAACAUCAUCAGUACAGACACCGUUUGUCAGCGCCGAGAAGUAAUCCUAACGCGAACACCGUUGGUCACGCUUCCUAGUGCUGAGGUUGAGAAUGCCGAGAUGGAAGGGUAGAGUCCUCGUUCGUCGUCGUCGUCGUCGUCAUCGUCAUCGUCGUCGUCAUCCGGAUUAUAUGGGGUAGGUAACAUUGCCUACGUUGAUCGUACCCUAUUCACCUUUUAAAUUUAUCACAUACGAUUUUCACGAUCGGUCAGACGAUUUAAAAAAUAUUAUCUGCACUCACGACCUCCUUAAAAAAAAAUCAUAUAUAUAUAAAUAUAUAUAUAUAUAUUUAUAAAUGAAUGAUCAAUAUCAAUCCUCCGUUCAUCGAUCACGUAAUACAUCGCUCUUCGAAAAAUGAUAAAUCGCGUCGACCAAAUUUUUAUUGAGAAACGAGAAAAAAACUCUUACACACUACACACAUCACAUAAGUAUUAUACAUCGAGAGAGAAGGAUUCGUUGCUAUGAAAAAUCAAUUGACACGAAGAAUAACUAUUCGGUCGCAAUAUAUUUGCGUGGAAAACAAACGUAGCAAAUCCUUUUUCUUCUCGCUGUAUGAUAAUCGCAUACGUAAACCACACAAAUAUGCCAAAACCUCGACUCUUCUUACACCGGUUCACAGUCACUACUGUUAAGAGACUUUAUAUUAUAUCUAUCAUUAUUAUUAUUAUUAUUAUUAUUAUUAUCAUUAUUAAUUUUAUUAUUAUUAUUAAUUUUAUUAUUGUCAUUAUUGUCACGAUUACUAUUAUUAUUUUUUGCUAUUAUUAUUAUUAUCACUGUUAUUGUCGUCGUCAUUACACUAUUGCGUAAAACUAGCUAACUAAUACAUAUUAUCAUUAGCCGAUUGAGGAGAGAAAAAAAAAAAAAGUAUGGAUUGUGUAAUUUAACGAAGACAAAAACACGAAUUCAGGGACACGUUUAGUAUAUUAACAAUAUAUAUAUUAAAAAAUUUAUUAAUAUUAUAUAAAUAUAGUAUUAUAUAUAUUCAUAUGAAAAUAUCCCAAACGGAUAUUUAAUGGGUAUAGUUAGAGAGACCAUGUAUAUAGGUACGAUAUAUAUAAAUAUUAUAUAUAUAUAUAUAGGUAGUUAGUUGUUUCAGUUAGCUAGUUGGUUAGUUAGUUAUAAUAGUCGGUGUGUUUGAUUCGGUGUCGAGAAUGUGAAGGAAGAUAAAAAUUGAUAGGUAACGAAAUAUGCAAGUAAAGUGGGGGGUAAAAAGUGGGAUGGGCGGGAAGGGUUGGGUGGGAAAAAGAAGUAUGAACAAAGAAAAGAUACCAAUAAAUGAAUUAGGAUUAUAGUAAUAAUGAUAACAAUAAUAAUAAUAAUAAUAAUAAUAAUAAUAACGUGUAGGAGGGGCGGGCGGGGGGUAGGGGAAUAUCAAGGGAGUUUUAGGGAAUGAAGGAAGGAAAAAAAAAAUGGAAGGAAGGAAUGAAUGUACUGGUAUACAAGUUCCUCUGACAGUAAAAGUAGCGAGGGAUAUGGAGGACGAUAUCACACGUCGUGACACAUCCCUCUUAAAAAACCAAAAUUUCAAAAUUAAAAAGAAGGAAAAAAGAAAAAGAAAAAGAAAAAAAGGAAAAAAAAAAAUUAAAAAAAUUACGAUGUAAUACUAAUAAUCAAAUCUUUAUCGGCUUUUUGGCGUUUUUUCCACGUUCCAAACAUUAUAUAUUAUUAUAUCAUGAUGUGUGAUUGAGACCUACUUUUUUUUUUCUUACACUCGUAUUAAAGAUACAAUUACCUCCGACUGUCACGCUGCUUUCUGUUAUACAUAAAACAAACGUAAAACAUGACAAAUGAUAGAUAGAAAAAGAAACAUACAAUGCUAUACACAUACAUAUUGAUAUACCUAUAUUAUUAUCAUUAUUUAUUAUUUUAUAUUAUUAUUUUCUGGCUAGUGUGCCGUGUUGUUACAAUCCUUGUAAGAGACUCCGAUAACUGUUAAAAUACAUGUACAUAUUUAAAUUGAAACUUGAAAUAUUUUGGUUUUUGGUUUUUUUUCGUUCACUCGCUCUUCUUUUUCUUCUCUAUCAAUUAUUAUUAAUCAAUUAUUCGUGUACUCUGCUUACAGUUCGUACAAUUUGACUGAUUUAUCUUUUUAAAAGUACGAGACGAAAAUUUGUUGAUCGCGGAUCUACAGUUUUUGAUCGCAAGGUAUCUUUUUUCAUCCGUUAGUAGGUAAGAAAAAAAAAAUUACCUCCUGACGGUUUGCACAUUAUUUGUACGUAGGCUUUGAAAAAUGAUACAGUUUGCCCCGUUUCGAAGUGCAGCAGACCUGCGGUGAAAAUUUUGGUUAGCUGCGAACAAUGUACCACGAAUUUGUCAUGAACAGUUUCUAUCGAAGGUCAUACACACCGGUCAUUGUGUUGCGCAAACAGGUAAAUGCGAGCGGACAUCAUAUUCCUUUCGAUUCUUUCGCUAAGAAUUCAAAACCAUGGUCAUCGACUUUGCCCCCAUAUUGCACCGGUUAUUCGGGGCAUAGCGUAUUUGCAAAGCGUAAACCUCGAACGGCGGGUGCAAUCGUUGUGAUUUAUAUAUGCCAGCCCCCUUUUCGGCGUUGCCGGACAUGCAAAUUUUCAUCAAAGCCAAACUGCAGCUAACCUCGAGGUCACUGCCGACGGUCGCCGCUCUCGUUUCACUUAUAUUUUCUUGUUCUGGUUUUCGGUCUCGUUCACUAGUUCUCACAAUUGUUAUUCCUUGGCCAACGCUCACGUAGGCAUUUACUGCAAACCUAGACAAGAAAUAUGAGAAAUUCGAGGCGGCUCACCUCGAGUCCGGCCCCACAAAAGCCACCAACGAAUUACGGUUUACAUAUAAAAUCGGAACUUCAACUCCCCGCAGAUAUACGACCUUUGAAAUACCUCGCUCUAAAUUGCCUCUCGUUCUCCGCAACGGUGCCGACAUUUUACGCAAGUUUCUGAAACUGAUUCUUUUUUUCUCUUUUUUUUUUUUUUCUUCUUUUCCACCACCCCUCCUGUUUUCACACCGACGCGACACGAACUCAUCCCUCAAACUUACCGCCGAACUCGUGCGGCUCGACGACGAUCGAGAUUUGUUAGAUGCAUUCGCAACCCAUAAGAAAAGUCUCUUGCCUCGGUGCACCUUUUCAACACGUUCUGCCAAUAGCUCAGGCGAUGCCCUGCAAUAAUAACGCGUGUCCCGGUGUCUUUAUCCAGUUUUCAUCCAUGCUCGGUUCAUUUGUUGCGAUCAAGAUCGUUCCCUGUUCCCCUCCUAAUGUAUAAUCCCGAUCCAUAGCUUCUAACAUUAUUUGUACUUUCAUCCACUUCAGACUCUUUUCUUUCUCAUUCAUCCCAUAUAAACUGGAACGUUACGCGACGCGUGCUGUCUCAACAAACUUCAAUUUUGCGACCUGAGCGGGAAAAAAAUCUUAUCCGAAAUCUGGCGAUCCCCGAAUUUAUGUAUUUAAUGGACGCGAUUCGAAUACACGUUACAGUCCUUUUUUCCCUAUUAUUUCCCUCGUAAUUACGGUGGGUGUCCACGGUCCAUUUUUUUCCUUGGCUUAUUCUUCGACUGUUGCCCGCAACUUUCACAAUCCCACAGACUUCGCUGCGAUUCACCGCGGGGCGCCCGGCAAGAUGCUCGGGUUUUUCGGAUUUCACUCAUUUUUCACCGUUCUUCGGACGUCUGGAGGAGAGAGCUGUUUCUUCUCUUCUUCUCCGCCCUCCUUUUGGAGGCUCGCGUCUUCCGCCCCAAACCAACCCCCCGAACUUAAACUUCUUUGGAAUCUCGUAUUAUCCCCCCAAGAUACCGGACCGACUCCCCCGUCGGAGUCUCCGUGCCCUCUGAAUGUUUCUGAAAAAUUUCUCGCCUCUUCCGCCAGCGCCUCGCACUUUCCGAAUUCAAAUCAUAGACCUUUUUUCGGAAGAUUUUGAUUGAAAAAAAAAACGUCGAAACUCUGAUCGUAAGAACGAUGGGGCCCGAAAUUAAUUCCUGACCCUACCAACAGAGGUCGACGGUAGGCAAACGGCCCUUGCAGGGAUACAAUAGGGGAACGUUCUCCCACCCUUUUAUAACGAAAUUUUCGUAGAUCCCGCGCCCUCCGUCAAAUUGUAGAUUCAUAAUUCCCUCCGCUGACCCUUCCGUAUUAUACAUCUAAUUCCCACAAACCGCAAACGAUAAUUAAUUCAAGUAACAUGAGAGCUGGAUAGGCGCGUUGCACCAACGAAUUAUACUUGUCAAAUUUUCUAUCGAUAAUUUCACCUAAACCGGAUUAAUUUAUUCAAUUCUUUCGAUUCGAAAUGUGGAUGUGAGUCGAGGAUGAAUAUGGAAGUGCAGGGAUUAUUGUUGUGCCCGGUUCGAACGGGGUGAACAUUUUUUUUAAAAUCGUCUAGUAAAAUUAUUCGUCUUUUUUCCCCGAUUACCGCGACCAACCCCCUAGAUUUUAGGUAGCAAAUAAAAAAAAUGCCAAACAAUAUUUAUUACCAAAUAACAAAAUAUGUUAGUUGAACGACUAGUCUAGACUCUAUUCUACGUUGAAUGUUACGUUUUUUUUUUUUUUUCUUUUAGUAUUUAAUAAUUAUUGUCUGUACCUACUUAGAUAUUAUCGUUCCUUUUAUCCGAAGCAAAAAGGUAAAUGAAUGGAAAGCGAGUUAUCGAAACGAUGAUACUAUGCAACAUCCGUACACUCACACAUUAUACAUACACACACACUUGUACACACACACCUAGCACCUGCGAUAAUUAUUUUUGACGGGGUAGUCAAUUUUAUUUGCAACCCCGUGUUCCAUAGUUUCUGAUUAAUGUGACUCCUAGUGAGUCACGUGAUAAACUGUAUAACUGAUAAACCAAGAUUCCUAUUUUACAAUGCAGCUUAUAAUAGAAUGAUUAUAGGGUAAUCUCGAGCGUUUCGAGAUCCACAUUUUGUCGUUAGUCUUCGAAAUCAAAUUGCAAAAGAAACAAAUUAAAUUAAAUAAAAUAACGAUGAUCCAACAAAAUAAGAAACUUUCAAAGCUCCCGAUUCUGGGCAUUCGCAAAAGAAUUGUACGAAGAUAAAUGAAAAAAUCUAUAUACAUAAUUAUUACAUACAAUGUACAUAGCAUUUGCAGAUAGGAGGAAGGAUUAAAUGUAAAAUAAUACUAAUAAUAAUAAUAUUUUCAAAAAUCGUCGCUUUGUCCUAUCAGAAGAAGAAAAGAAAUGAAAAAAAAAAAUGGAAAAAAAAAAUGAAAAAAAAA